AUGUCUGCUUGCAACACUUUCACUGAACACGUCUGGAAACCUGGUGAAUGUAAGAACUGCUUCAAGCCCAAAAGCUUGCAUCAGUUACCCCCAGUAUCUGAAAAAAAAACCCUCUCACAUGGAAAUCUGAAAACCAAUGCAAACCAAAGUAACAGCCAUCGUGGGAGAAAUACAGGAAAUUUCCGACCACCUGUGGCAAAGAAACCCACUAUAGCUGUGAAACCCACCAUGAUGGUAGUGGAUGGGCAGGGUGUAUGUGGCGAAAUCAGCACACCGGAUCAUUGUGAGAAUAAAUCAGUGCCUGCAGGUUGGAACCGAAACAAAGCUGUCUUGAACAAAAAACCACUGAACAAUAAUAAUGAAGAUGAAAUUGAAGGUUAUAGCCAUGUUCAUAGGCCUUACGGCAACAACGAUGGUGUAGGUAAGAUACCAAAUAACAAUAAUAACGGACUGACAGAAGUUUUGAAGGAGAUUGCGGGUUUGGAUACCACACCUCAGCUAACUGGAAAUGAAAUGAACUCAAGAGAAACUUUCUUGGGAAGAAUAAAUAAUUGUUAUAAAAGAUCAUUAGAAAGAAAGAUCCCUCCAAGCUGCAUGAUGGGUGGAAUGAAGGAUUCACACAGUAAGCAUGUUAUUCUGAGUGGAAGCACUGAAGUAAUAAGUAAUGAAGGUGGACGUUUCUGUUACCCGGAGUUUUCUAGCGGAGAUGAGAGUGAGGAUGACACGGUUUUUGGCAGCAUGCAAGAAGAGCAUGAGAGCUGGGAUGAAAGUGAUGAAGAGUUGCUAGCAAUGGAAAUUCGUAUGAGGGGCCAACCUCGCUUUGCUAAUUUUAGAGCUAACACCCUAUCUCCUGUUCAGUUCUGUGUUGACAAAAAAUGGAAUACUGUGCCUCUUAGAAACAAGUCUCUCCAGCGGAUCUGUGCAGUAGAUUAUGACGACAGUUACGAUGAAAUUUUAAAUGGUUAUGGGGAAGAGACUGUGAUUCUUUAUGGGCAAGAGAGCAUGCAGAGCAUGGUAUCUUCUGAUUCUACAUCUCCUGAUUCUUCUUUGACAGAAGAGUCUCGUUCUGGAACAACCAGCAGUUCUUCACAGAAGCUCUGUAAUGGAGGGUUAUCUCCUAGUACUCCUCAGGACCUCAAACUAAUUGAACCAGAAUAUGAAAGUCUUUGUGAUAAUCAGCAGGUGAAGGAUGUGUCAAAAGCUCCCAGAAACGUUCCGAAAAGUCUAGAAACUCACAAGGCAGUCCUUGCACUUCGACUGGAAGAGAAGGAUGGCAAAAUUGCUGUACAGACUGAUAAGCAAGAGAAUAAAAGUUCUUCAGAUGUUGCUGGUCAAGCUGUAACUAUAAAUUUGGUGCCUGUGGAAGAGCAAGCUAAACCUUACAGGGUGGUGAAUAUGGAACAACCAGUUUGCAAGCCAUAUACCAUAGUAGAUGUAUCAGCUGCCAUGACCAAUGAAUGUAAGGAGAAUCAGACUGAAACCUCAGAAACCAAAAAUACAUCAUCUAACCCAAGCUCACCAGUAACUCCAGGCACACCUGUUACAUCCUCUGCAGCAUCACCUGUACGAGGAAGUGCUAAUCUGAAAAAAUCCAGUGCAAUCAGAUAUCAAGAAGUGUGGACCUCCAGUACUAGUCCGAGACAGAAGAUACCUAAGGUGGAGUUAAUUGCAAACAGCUCAGGACCUUCUGUUCCUCCCAGGAAGGCAAGCCACAAGUCAGCGCCUACUUCACCUACAGCUACAAACAUUUCUUCAAAAACUAUCCCGGUUAAGUCUCCCAAUUUAUCUGAGAUAAAAUUCAACAGCUACAAUAAUGCUGGCAUGCCACCUUUUCCUAUUAUCAUUCAUGAUGAGCCCACUUAUGCUAAGAGUUCCAAAAAUGCUAUUAAAGUUCCUAUUGUAAUCAAUCCAAACGCAUAUGAUAACCUGGCUAUCUAUAAAAGUUUCCUAGGGACCAGCGGAGAGCUAUCCAUCAAAGAUAAAACUACGAGUGUAAUAAGCCACACUUACGAAGAAAUAGAAACAGAAAGUAAAAUGACUGAAGCCAUAGGAAGUAAACCCACUGAAUUUUCCCAAGCAAAGGGGGUGAGUAAUAGCUCUGAAUGCAGGCUGGGUUCUGUGGCUCAGAAGGUCCAAGAGUUUAACAGCUGUCUCAGUAAAAGUCAGAUAUCACCACAGAGGAGUCAUAGUUCUGACCACAGCUCCCCAUCAAGAGUUCAAAAGACAACACAAGAGCCUGCAGCAAAAAUAGAUGUAACACCAGAGGCUUCUGUUGGCAGCAGCAGCGGUAGAGAGAAUGCAAGCAUGGUGCUUUCGCAGAUUGUGGCUUCUAUCCAGCCUCCGCAGUCUCCUCCAGAAACGCCUCAGUCUGGACCCAAGUCUUGUAGCGUUGAAGAACUGUAUUCCUUACCCCCUGAUGCAGAUGCUACUAAAAACACCCUGGUACGACCCAAAUCUCUGUUUACGUCACAGUCUGAAAUAGAGUCACCCAAGACAGUGGAAAACACUGCCAUUAAAAUGCAGAAAGAUUCACUUUCACAGCCAGUUGCCACUCACUCUCCAAAGCCAGUGAGAGCCACCCCAAAUACCACAAGUCCCAAACCAGAGCAAGCACCACCAUUUCCUCCUCCACGGUCCACUUCUUCACCCUAUCAUGCAAGUAACUUGUUGCAAAGACAUUUCAGCAAUUGGGCCAAACCAAACAGUCCCACCAGGUCGACAGAGGCUGAGUCAAUCCUUCAUUCAGAAGGUCGCCGAGCUGUUGAUGCGAAACCCAAACGCUGGAUAUCGUUUAAGAGCUUCUUCCGCCGCAGGAAAACUGACGAUGAGGAAGACAAAGAGAAAGAAAGAGAGAAAGGCAAAUUGGUGGGUCUUGAUGGAACUGUUAUACAUAUGCUCCCCCCUCCUCCAGUUCAACGUCAUCACUGGUUCAGUGAGGCAAAGUCAGACUCCAGUGAGAAGCCGUCGAUUGUUUUCAUGUAUAGAUGUGAGCCGGCACAAGCUGACCACCAAAACAAGAGGGGAGCGGAGUCUGCUAUCGCAGAUGCACUAGCAAAAGACAAAGGAGAAACACAGGAAAAGUCUCCAGAGAGCUCUGAACAGAAAAUAGCAAGCCAUUCGUCACCACCUCAGAUUCCCAAGAAAAUCCCCAGCACAUCAGAACACUGUGGAAUCAAUGGCUCACCAGAGUUUCAAGACAUGAUUAAAAGACUCAAGAAGGCCCUGAAAGAAUUUCCUUUAAUGGGGAAUUGUGUGAGUGAGUACAGUGGUCAAGUGCCCGAUGAUACGACGCUGGAGGAUUUGUCCCCUCGUGUUCCUAGAGCUGUGUUUGUGAAGCAGGACAAUGGCGGCAGUGCCUCGGUCAUACCAGUAUCAUCUGUCCGUGUCCCACAAGGGGAGGAAGAAAAGGAAGAAACUUCAAAUUCUCCUGACUUAAAUCCUUGCAGUGCUACGUACAGCAAUUUAGGACAGUCUAGAGCUGCCAUGAUACCUCCGAAACAGCCGAGGCAACCGAAGGGAGCUUUGGAUGAUGCGAUUGCCUUUGGAGGAUUAGUAGACCAGGAGACAAUGAACAACUUACAGCCAACACCACCUCCACUGCCAAAGAAAACAAUUUUGAGAGCUAACACAGAGCCGACUCCCAGAGAUCUCCAGAAGCAGGCUCUGGAAAACAACCUGUGUAUUGUGGCCAAUCCCACCUACGACAUUGACACCAACUGGGAAGCAAGCAGCGCCUGCUCUUCGGUCAGCCUGGAGCUCAAGGUACUGGACAAUGAGUCGGGAGAUUCCUUGGACAGGCCUACAGAAAAACUAAGGGCAACCACCUCAGCAACAAACAGUGUUUCCAGCCUAACCACUAUCAGUAUUAAGGACCGGUGUUCCAAUAGCAUGGAGUCUUUAACAGGGAGACGCAUCUUGCAGACUAAGCAGGGCAAAGGUGUCCAGAAGCCACAAAGACAAGCACUUUAUCGAGGAAUUGAAAACCGGGAAGAGGUGGUAGGUAAAAUCCGAAGCCUUCAUGCUGAUUCACUGAAGAAGCUGGCACUUAAAUGUGAAGACUUGUUCAUGGCCGGACAAAAAGACCAGUUGCGAUUCGGGGUGGACAGCUGGUCCGAUUUCAGGCUAACCAGUGACAAGCCAUGCUGCGAGGCAGGCGAUGCAGUUUACUACCCAGCUUCUUACGCAAAAGAUCCUCUCAACAAUUAUGCAGUCAAGAUUUGUAAGAGCAAAGCUAAGGAAUCCCAGCAGUAUUAUCACAGCCUAUCUAUCCGGCAGAGUCUGGCUAUCAACUUUAACAUCCAACAGGACUGUGGCCAUUUCCUUGCUGAAGUGCCAGUUCGUCUCCUUCCAUGGGAGGAUGCUGAUGCACCAGAGGUGGAAGAAGAAGAACGGGAAGAAGAGGAGAAAGAGCCUGACCAAAAGAACAGAGACACUUCUUCCAAUGCAGAGGCUUCACAGAAAGACAGCUCAAGCAACCAGGGGACCAUCAGCAAGCCACGCAGCCGUGUUGUGGUCAUCACGCGGGAGGUCCCAUACUUAACAGUGGCUGACUUUGUGCGAGAAUCUGCACCCCGCCAUGCAAAAAGCCCAGAUUUAUAUGAGAGGCAGGUCUGUCUACUCCUUUUACAGCUGUGUUUGGGCCUGGAGCACCUGAAACCCUAUCAUAUCACACACUGUGAUCUGCGAUUAGAGAACCUGCUGCUGGUUCAUUCCAGACCAGGAGGCAGCCCUCUAAGCUCUGAGUCCAUGGAACCCAGUCCCAACACUGCUUGCCCAGCCAGAUUAAUAGUGAGCAAUUUCUCCCAGGCCAAGCAGAAGAGUCAUAUGGUGGAUCCUGAGGUCCUACGGGAUCAGUCCCGCCUGGCUCCAGAAAUCAUCACUGCAACACAGUACAAAAAGUGUGAUGAGUUCCAGACUGGCAUCCUCAUCUACGAAAUGCUGCACUUACCCAAUCCCUUUGAUGAGAAUCCAGAGCUGAAGGAGAAGGAGUAUACUCGUGCUGAUCUCCCCAAGAUCCCUUGCCGUUCCCUCUACUCCCAAGGGCUUCAACAACUUGCCAGCUGCCUGCUGAAUCCCAACCCUUCAGAGAGGAUCCUGAUAUCAGAAGCCAAGGGAAUCCUUCAGUGUUUGCUUUGGGGUCCACGUGAGGACCUGUUCCAUGCUCUAAGUACAUCUUCCAACCCCACCCGGAGAGAUGCUGUACUUCAGAACUGGCUGGAUAUCAAAAGGACGCUGCUGAUGAUCAAGUUUGCAGAGAAGUCCUUGGACAGGGACUGUGGAGUUAUUCUGGAAGACUGGCUUUGUUGUCAGUAUCUGGCUUUUGCCACUAUAGACUCACUUCAUCGCAUUGUGAGAAUCAUGCAGCAGCACUAGUUUGUAGAGCCUGUUGCUUUUUGUGAAGCACCCCCCACCUCCACCCCAGCCCUCACUCCAGCCUGCCCUAGGGCUCACACUUUGUACAAGUGUUGAAAAAUAGCCUAGAUAUCAAAGCCAGCAACUCUGAGCAAAUAGGUUCUAAUUGGAGAAAUUGCAUCCUGUACCCAACAUGACAGAAACUUUACUUUUUUGCCAGGCCUGUUAGGGAUUGAUUAUGUAUACAUGACUGCAUUUGGAUCAGAUAGUAUGUAACUUGAUUAAUAUCUGGCUGAAAAGGAGAGCAAACUUUGAUACCACUAUUUCUACCACUGCAGUAAACAAAUUGCCCUCCUCUUCUGGGUAGUUUCUGUCAUUUUUGUAUGUAGCAUUGGUUAGUGAAUAGCAGUGACCAUAAGCAGAGAGGGGUUAGUUGUAAAUGUGAGAUGAAUGAUCCACCGUGCCACAAAACACUCAUUUGCUUCCAUUCCACAUACCACGCAAAAUUUUCUCUCAGCUUAGUCAGUCCCCCACUAGUGGGCUGGACCCCUCUUUCCUUUGGUCUCAACCAAACAGAUUCUGAUCUUUCUCUCACACUUUACACCUCCUUUUUUUCCUCCCCAGAUGUGGUUAUCCUGCUGACUGUGGCAAGUGUCAGUGGGCAGUAAGCAUCUGUGUUCAGUCCCCUUCUCUGCCUCUGACUCACUGCCUACCCAUAUGCUUUCUAACCACGGAUCUGCAAUUUCAGCAAUGCUGCCUUAAUCAGACCAUUACCCUUAGCUUAAGACCUCUGCUUUAAAAAGCAGAAUAUGCACACUUUGUCUAUCCCAUUUCCUACAUGACAUUCACCAGUCUGGACUGUUGAUGUACUGUAGCUGUAACCAUGUCUAUACAAGAACAAUACAACACAUGGUGGGCAAUUGAAAUUCCCCUUCCAUCGCAAAAGGCACUAAAGCCUGACUUGAAAUGGGUAAGACGUGCAUAACCUUCUCUGACAAUCACUGCUAUGAAUCAAGGAUGAAAAUAACAGCCGCCUCUUCUGUUUUAUUUUGGUUUGCUCUUGUCACUUGUGCCAUAUUGCAAAGUGGGACUGAAAUUGGCUCUGCUGGUAUGUUGGCAGGAGAUAGAAAUGUUUCAAGCUUGUCUGUGUGUAGCUAACAGGCCACAUGGAGACACUUUUACUGCAGACACAGUUCUCUGAAGGGUAAAAACAAGAGGACAAAAACACUGUUGUUUAAUUAUUGAGGGAGCUGUUAAAUUUGGCAGCCACAACUAACACUAUCGUGAUCCAUUUUUCCCACAGCGGUGUUUGUCUGUGUAUCUCUUGUCUGUUGGAACUAGUGUUUUCUAAUGUUGCUAUAGACAACACCCUAAAAAAGGAAUGUUGUCAGAAUAGCUCAAAGAGCAUUGCAGACAGAGUUUUGGACUAGAGCAGGAAUUAGUGAGGAUUAAAGAGACAGAACUUUUAAAAACUAAAUCUGAAGGAGCUUUUCAGUUUUAGAGGCCACUGCUGACUUCCUUCCCUGACCUAAUGGCCAUUUCCUAUGGAACCUCUGCAGUUGUACAGACGGUAUCUUUGCUCAGUAUUGCUAGGCUCUGAAUUGUUUCCUGAAUCGCUCUGAAGAAUUGAUCUGGAUGCGGGGGAAAAAGUGAUACCGAAUAUUCUGACCGGGUGAUGGAAAGCAGACAGCCCUAGUUAUAAGCCUGUGCUUCUCUCCUAUGGAUCUAUGUGCAAUUCUUGUAUGUAUUUUUUAAAGCUGUACAUUACAGUGUUCACUUUACAGACCAGCCUUUACCUGAUGCUAGAUCUGCAGCCCCUCUUCCUUUACUUUCCUGGCACAUAAAUGCACAGAUAUCCAUGUGUUCUUUUUAUGGAUUGAUGUUUCAUUUUAAUUGUUGAAACUGUGAGGAAUCAAUUCACUUCAGCCUUGAAACAAAUAGCCACUUUAUACAGCAUAUGCAUGCUUGGACCAGAUGCAUGGAAACUGAACAAGCAGUCCUGCAGGCUUAAAGUCAGCAAAACUAGCUCUGGAUCCACACCGUACAUUUGGAGGGGUUGAAAUGUCCAUAUUAUUCUUCUCUGGCAUCUAUCAGAGCUAAGCUGAAUAGUGUGUGGAAGCCUACAUCAAUUGUGCCGUAGUAUAUAGACUGUCUUUGUGACCUUUCUAAAGAUAUCUUUUUUGAAACUUCUGAUUAUUAUUCUUUUGUUUGAUUCACCUGUAUCAGUGAAGGAUCAGGCAAGGAUAAGGAUAAUAUAUUUUAAUGUGAUUUUUUUUUUCCUCUCUCUUUUUGGCAAAAAGUUUAGGAUGGUGGCAUUGAUGCAGAAGAAGAGGACAGUGCAUUAAAAGCCCAAGUGCAAUGUAUGUAGUUGAGGUACUUCCACUACAUCAGGAAAGAAAGUUUCUGCACUGCUGCUGAGCAGCUUGUAGAAGAACCUUUACAAAGAAUCACACACAUUCAAUGCAGCCCUGCUUUAUCUGGACAGAGGAGGGCAAUGCUGUCAUAGCUUAAGUACACUGAGCAUGACAAGUCACUCGCAUACUCUCUGCUAGCUAUCAGUCACAAUGUGUUGAGCUACGAGUAGGGCUUCUUGCUCUCUGUGGUCUGGUUUUGCGUUUGCUUCCUAGUGCAUGUGCGCACGUAACUUCUCACCUAACUCAUAUAGGCUGUACCAGCAACUGUUGGACCACUUGCCAUUGCAGUGGGCUCAUUCCCUGAAGCUGGUAGGUGUUUCUGUGUUUACAGACACAUGUUCUCAGUGUCACUUUCAUGUCAACACGCACAUGCAAAGUUGAAUUUUGAAUGUUUUACAACCAUACAUGUUUAAUGCAGCUGGUCCAAAGCCUUGUAUCUCUAGCUGUCUAAUUUCAGUUUGUAUCUUUUGUGAUGAACCAAUACUCAUUUUAGCUCUACAGUAUAAUCAAGCAUGGAUAGAUCUUCACUACCAAUCUGCUUCUUGUGCAGCACUGGGUAAACUUUAGCAAUUUGUAAUGUUGUGUGAUUAUUUUUUUUUUUCUUUAAAAAAGAAAGAAUGGUCAAAGUAGUUGAACACAAUCUGUCCUGAGCUAUUCCCUGGGGAGCUUCAGGCCAACUUUGCAGAUAUGCCCAUAACUGAUGAUUGUAACUGUGUUUGUGGUGGUUUUCCAUCCUGGCAACAGAUUGUGCCACAUAAAUAUUCAAGAAUGUAUGCAUUAAACUGAUUGUAAACAAAUCGUAAGAAUGCUACAGCAUAAUUGCUAAGCAAAAGGAAAAAAACCCGCUCUGUUUGUAACUGGGAUCCUGUGUAUGACAGGAACAAAACCCCUGGCUGUGCAUGUUACAACUUACUUGAAUAUGUGCACAGAUCUUGAAUUCUUUUUUAGCAAUGUCGCACUUUCAGUUGAGCUCAAGAAAUAGGAAGAGCUGGAAAUCUAAGAUAACAGUAUUGACUGUAAAUAUAUAUUUUUCUAUUAGUAAAAGCUGUCAUUCAAAUAUUUUUAACAUGAACUCUAAAGAUUUUUCCAGUGGAAACUAAUUUCUGGAAAAAUCAAAUGCUUGUUUGAAGAAUUAUGAUGACUGGUUUCUGAUCCUAUUAGAGCCAUUAUAAACCUCUCUAAUGUUACAGAGAGAGCACAGUGAUUGGAUUCACAAUGUUCAGUGCCUUGUCAAAAAACUAAAAUGUAGCUGGUCAGCUGGUGGAAAUCUUAAUUCUUUUCAUAAUAGCCCUAGAAAUAAUACUGCCCACACUAAGAUGCAAAAGACUUUACAAAAGUAAAUGCUGUGCUUUGUAUGAUAAAAUGAGAUUUGGGUUUGGACUUUACGUGGAUGAGUUCCUUUAAGUUGCUUGUAGUAACAGUAUAAACCUGAAGUAACAAAAUUGUGGGCUUUCAAAUUUGGGACCUGCACAGGGAGGAUAAUAGUGGGUAACAAGUCAAUUGGUCUAGACUGACCACAGCAUUGAAAGAAGCCUAUUGCUUUGACAAUCUACUGUGGACACUCAGCUUCUAGGAGAUGAGGAAUCCGAUUAGUCUGGAAGAAGCGGUGAAGGUAAGAUGUGCUGCUCCUGCUGUAGGUAGUGGAUGUGCUGCACACCAUACUAUGUGGUGUGAAAUGCAACCUCUGUUAAAACAGAAGUUCUGACAAACUACUCCUGAGAUGUUGCGGAAAAUGGUUUUGGUUUGUAUUUCUUAAUUAGUGAAUAAGUAAUUCCCAUUUAUCUUUCACAUCUCAGAUCUGAUGCAGUCAAUAUGCAUAACCAGGUGAAUAUAAAGAGAAUCUACUAGUAAAAACUUGCUUACAAAUUUUUAGGAAUGAGGGAAUCCAGAAUUUUAUUCUGGAGCCUCUGGAAUGUCCAAAUAUAGAAGCCUGGUCUCACUUCAAUAUUCAGACAUGAUGGUAUCAGUAACUCAAGCUAGGAUAUCAUGUUGCUGGCCCACAGACAAGAAUGCAUGUAGCAUUUACAGAGAUGUUCCACCUUAGAUCUUUUAUUCUCCACACAUCCCAGCACCACCCACAAGGUAUGAAUGGAUCAUCUUGACAUUUUAACACAGGGGAAUUCCCAACGUAUUAGAGAGAAAAAUACAUUAUUUAAAUAAAUAACGUGUGUUAGGGUUCAGCUACUUGGAGAAUUUAUUCAGCAGCUUCACACUGUCGGUCCUUAACUUUAGCAUGUAAAAAUAGUAUGUGCUGCUGAAAUAAAAUGUAUCUGUUUCUCAAUUCUUGUGCUGAGAUGCCCCACCUAAGUGAUUUUUUUUUUUUGUAAUAGCAAUUAAAUUGAUAUGUAAAUAUAAAUUAAAUAGUCCUGUUUUUAUUUAAAACCAUUGUAACUUUUCUGAGGGAUGUAAUGGAAACUGAAUCAGACCUUUUAAUGCACUUUCCUUUCCCCAUUUCCCCAAAUAGGAAUUAAGCUGUUUCUCUGUAGAAACAGCACAUGAACGUUAUUCCCUGCAUGACUAGGCCAUCUAUUUUACUCUGAUUUUGCAGAGGUAGUAUUGGUUCUGCCAAAACUCCUGUAAAACCUAGAGCACAAUCAGAACCCUUCAGUCCAUGUAGAGAGAGAGAUGUGAUGAUGAUUUUAAUUAUGUAGGAAGGUAACAUCAAAGAAGUGCAGAAUAGAAUUUUAAAUACCUCUAUAAAAAUACACCUGUGGAAAUAUUCUGUAAACAAUCAUCUGGAUUCCAAACACUUCAAGGGAGGAAUACACAAAAAAUACUUUUCAAAAGGAAUACUGGGGAGAAAUUUCUUUAGGGCACCCGCAACUCCAAAAGGAGGAGCAAGUCCUUCCUACUGUUGUGUUGCAGAGAAUUUCUAGUAGACAUUUGUAUGGAUUUUAUUAUUCACCUGGAUGCAGUAUUAGAAGGAUGGUGAUUUUGAGUAGAUUUAGAAUAUAAUUUAAGUAAUUUCCUGUAAGUCUCCUUGCAUUGGUGCUCCAUUCAGCAUUUAGUUGGAAACCACGGAAGGCUUUCAGAUCAAGCAGAGUUGCCAGUGAGAAAUUAAAUACUCAACUUACCUGUACAUAAGCAUUUUACUACUCUACAGAAUUUGAUAAUUUGGUUUGUACUUCAGACUAUAAAGGUUUUUUUUCCAUAAAUUCAAGGGGAAGAUUUCAGGGAUUUAGAAGAGGUUGGAACUUUUUUUAUACAGAGGAAAUAUUUGUUCAAGUAUAUAUAUACAUACAUAUAUAGAGAGAGUGCGUGUGGGCAUGUUUUAAUAUAUGUAUGUAUAUGAAUUUUUGUAUCCCAAAAGUAUUCUUUGCCCCUUUUUGCUUGAAAAUAUAUAUAUAUUAUAUAUUGUAUAUAUAAUAUAUAUUUAAGAGUGUAAAUUUGAAUAUAGUCAUUUCAUAAAACCUCUUCAAAAAUGACUUGAAACUUCUGUUUCUUUGUCCUUUGGCUUGUUGGUAUUAGAAGGUUUUGCAGUUGAAAUUCUUGGGUUUUUUUCUUUUAAAACUUAAUUAUGCUGAGCAUUUAAGAAUAUGUUCUUGUUUUUAAUAAAAGGGGGAAAUUUAUUUUUAAAUUAGGGAUUCCGAAAUCGAUGGACUUUUAUAAAUGGAAUUUCUUUAAAUCCCUUUAAUAAGGGAUUUUUUUAUUUUAUUUUAUUUUUUAUUUCAACUCCAUUCUUGUGGGUAAUUUGUAUUUGGAAUUCCUGGUUGCAUUGCUUUAUCUGGUGCUUCAUAUUGGUAUUUACACGUUUUUAUAUAAAUAAGUAUAUAAACUUCAAGCCUUCCUUUGUGAUCAGGGGCAGUUACACUCUGGUUUGCUGUGGUACUUUGCUGUGUACUCUGUGGCAUUCAUGUUAUUGUGUAAAUAAACUAGUUUUAUU